AUGAGCUACACCAAAUUUGUUCUUCUGCAAGAGCCCAUUGCGGCUUCAGAAGCGUCGAAUUUAUUGUGCCGCGUCGUUGCCUCCAAAGUUGCUCCUUUGAUUGCCUGCGCCCCAUUCGGCAACAGCAACGGCGCGGACAGCACACUCACUACAUCGAUACCGAAAUGCUCGGCGCCCAUCAAACUUACAGACUUCAUGUCCAUGGCUAGAAGCCAGGGCGUGGCGCCACAAGUAUCACGCCUCUUGGACUUUCAGAGAAUGCACAUUGACGAACAGGCUAUCCUCCUAGAAUGCCGUUUAGUCAAGCGCUAUCUCUUGCCAGAUCCCGACACCGCAUUCCGCAUUCUGAUGAAGAGCGACGACUACUCCAGAGACGUGAGAACCUUAUUGGAACAGUGCAUGGCUAGGCAGGGUUACUUCGUUACCGGCUUUCUUACCGCAACAGACGAUUCUUGGCUCAUCGAGGCCAGCCAGCAAGAGCUACAGCACUUCAACAUUGCCCUGCCGUACUCUGACUCGUCAGAUAUGCCUGUCCCAUUUCUCUACGAGGACCUUAUCGGAACUGAGCUGGCUGUCUUCUCUCAGCGUUGCGAGCAGCCACCAAGCUUCGCCAAUGAGCAGAUAUUUGCCGUGUCCUACAAAGUCGCCAAGCUGCCACAAGCCAUGUCGCCCAUAUCGCCGAUGUCAGGGCAGCGCUCGCCAGGAACGCCACCCGCUCCUCGUCGACCUAAGCGAAGCAACGGAUAUCACUUAGCGUCUCGACGCACAGGGGAGACGUGGGCUCCGAGCAGCGCGAGCAGCCCAGAGAUGAUGCCCUAUUAUGACGACAGCGUGAAGCUGGACGACAACGAUGCACUUGCGUUGCAGAUGGAAGAAGCGGCUUUUAUCAUGGUGUGA